UUACGUCCAGCCAUGUCACUUCCUUUUCUUUCUCUACGCAGGUUGGUCCUAAUUUAUAUAAUGUCCUUUCUUGUUCAUUAUUAUUCAAAGGAAUCUCUUGUUUCUUUUGAAAUCUUUGAUUUUCGCAUUACAAACUUUUUGUAAAAAGAAAAGCCUGAUACAACCGAAAGGAGAAACUGAAAUUGAACAAUGGAGACUUCUUCUCCCUCCUCCUCCCUGUUUGCUUUAUGGGUAUCUCCUGAAAGGAUAAGAGAGUCUUUCAGCUCAAUUGUUUCUGCACUUAUCUCCAAGCUGUUCGGCGCAAUCUUCAUUUUGUUAUUUGCAGAAGUUGGAGCAACCAUAGGAGCCAUGGCUGGAGCUCUGUUGGGGCUGAAAACAGAGAGCGGUUUUCUCCGUGGAGUCAAAAUAGGAGCCGUAAAGGGAUCCAUUUUGUCCGUAAAGAUUUUCAAAUUUUCGGUGGCUCUUUGUCAGAAUGAUUAUUACAGUAAAGAAUUUGGUUGCCUCCUUCCUGUGGUUGACGCUAUUGAAACGCUUUCAUACUCAACUGCACUGUUCAUUGAGGACGUUCUAGUAAAUGUGAUGCGUUGUAAGGACGAUCACGCAGACGAUAUUCCAAAGAUGAGAAUUACAGACGAUAAUCUGUUAAUGGAUACUAGUUCAGACGACAGAAUCUCCUGUUCCAUUUGCCUUCAGGAAUUCCAGACAGGAGACUUGAUUCACUGUUUGCCGCAUUGCAAACACAUUUAUCAUCAACCUUGCAUCAACAAAUGGCUGACUGCCCACAAUUCCUGCCCUUUGUGUAGAAGAAACGUGUGACGCCGAAGCUCUCAACACAUUUAUCAGAUUAUGAGAAGAACUACCAGCUAACAAUAUUUAGAAGAAAUUCUGUAAAGCAAUUAGUGACGAGAAACUUUCAUUCAUCGCCUGCAUCGCCGAAUUCGGCUGUGCUCAAUUUACUUACUUACGUGCCCGAGCAAGCAGGCUUACCCCAAAAAAGGGGGCAAAACUGCGUGCAGGGGCGGUCAAUUGACGAUUCAAAAGCCGCCUCAAAGAAUUUUCGUCAUUAUUAUGGUACCCUUAAUAAUGCGAUGACAAGGACUUCUUCGACUCUGCAGGAAACUUCAAUUCCGCCAUCGUCGAUUUUAAUCCUCUCCUAAUGGAAUUUUAACUGGAAAGGGUUAAAAUCCUACCUCCCAAAUAUGAAAAAAAAAAAAGAAACCAGAAAAUAUUCAAAUCAAACACGCUAACAAUCUCCUUCGGCUUACUAUUAAAUGUACAAUUCAGGAACAACCCAUAUAACCCACAUAUUAUAUCACCAGACACAUCUUGCAUAUAACCCACAUAUUGCACUUCCUCUUUUUAAGUCGAUGUAAAUACCAAUCUUCGACAGCGGCCACCGCCCACAAUGUGUCAAUUGUGGUCAGCUUAGCAACCAGAGAAAAUGGAUAUGAAAAAAUCAAUUCCAGAUUGCUGAA